ACUGCGAAGUUAUCGUUCUAAGCAGAAGUAUCGUAUUAGUGUAUCUGUUGACAUUUCUCUCAAUUAAACAAACGAAACAUGUGAUUUAGUGUAAAUUAUAAAUUAAAAGUGUUUACAAACACGAUGCUUUUGUUAUUUUUUUUCAAGUGAAAGUUAGUCGUGUCGAAUUGGUUUUGGGUUCGCGGCUUUUUGUGUUGUUUUUGAAAAGUUCACUUCUUUGGAAUUUGUUGUGCAAAUUCUGGAAGAUAGUUAAGGAUGUCGUACUCGCAGGGUUUAAGGGCGAACAAUGACAAUGGGUACAUUUGGGACGGCAGUACUUGUUCCUGCUGCCCGUAUGGCUACCACAUCGAUCUGGAUUUCGUCCGAUACUGCGAAUCUGUCAGCCAGGAAGCCGAUAGGACCGGAUCGAUCAAGCGCCGGAAAGAUCGACGACGACAGAGGCAGUCCAUGGAAGUCCUGCUCGGUAUCACCCCUCCAGUCCUCGCCGUCCUGGAGCAAACCUACAAGCCGAUCCAAGAGCAGGAAACUCCGAAAAUAAUCCAGACGAGCGGCAGCCAGUUUCCCGUAAGCCAAGAUGCCUUCGACGACGCUGUCUCGGAUUUCGAAAGGACUUUGCAGCGUUCCAAAAACAAAUUGUCGAAUAAUUUGCCAGAUGUUACCGCGGUUUCAGAGACCAUCAAAAGGGCGCCGUCGAACUCCUCGAUGUCUUCGGCCUCCGGCUCGAGCAUGACUGUGUUGCCUGAAACGACGAAUCGCGACUUCGACACCGUCAGUAUAGAAUCAUGCGGUUUGAGCCCUUUGGCUUUACAAAGCAUAAGAGAACAAAUGGCAAUCAGCUUAGAAAGGACGAGGAACUUAGAAGACCAAGUUAAACUAAUCCCGCAACUGAAGGACCAACUAUUGUCUCUUAAAGAAGAAAACCGCCGGCUCGUCCUCCAGCUGAAAGCCGAAGAGACUCAAAACUCCAUCAACGCCAACUACAUCCGUUUUCCGUCGAACAACCGCAUGAAGUCCCAGUCCUUCACCAACAUCGAUAGUUUGGAUGGUAAAAAAGUGCCGCCGCCGCCGCCCCCGCGUAAAGAUUUCGGUGUGAAUUGCGGGGUGCUCACUCGCAACGUAGGCGUCGGUCACCAAAACCCCAAUACUAAAACCGUAUCCACGACCACCUUCGACGACCUAACCGUCGAUAAAUGGUUCAACGAAAAAAUCAAAUUCAUGAAUAGUCAAAAUUUAGCAAACAAUGUAUCCACGUCGACCCAAACCCCAUCCAAAGACUCCCGCGGAGUCGCUAGUCAGACAAUCGCAAAACUUGCAAAAAUCGCAACUUCCACCCAAACCGCCGACACCAAAAAGCACUAUUCGGACGCAAGCGUGUCGGCUUUCCCCCAGCGCAGAGACUUCAGUGUUCAGAAAAGUGUGGAGGUUUACAAUGUAGGCACGUCGGAUGAUACCAUCAGUGAUGUCAUUUGUGAGAAGUGUAACGUUUUUAAGUGUAGUAUAGGCAUAGGGCCGGAUAGUAGCGAAGAUGCGCAUACGAGUCCGGUGUCUCUGGCGUUGCUUAUGGGGCCUAGGAGCAAGUCGUUCAACUUGGGAGACGACAGACUUAAUUUCUCGUCCAGGAGUCGCACUGUGGCCUGUCAACACGAGUCGCAAGGGGUGGCUAAAGGGUCGCAGUACGAGGCGAACGGCGUCAGUAGGGCGUGCCAAUGCGAAACUAAGACGGUUUCCAAAGCCUCGCAAUGGGAGGUUAAGUCAGUGCAUAAAAAUACGCAGUAUGAGAGUUUUUCCGUUUCGAGGGAUACCGAUACCAAAGAUCUGUUAACACCGACCCGGCACGUUGCAUGUGAAGCCAAAGAACGCAAAAACGCUGUGGAUGUUGCUUGUAAUACCACAGACGAGAAAAACGUUUGUGUGAGGUGCACGAAUAGAGAAAAGGAAGAGGUUGCGAAGAAGGAUGGAACGCCCGCGCCGUCCAAGAUUCCGAGACCGCAAAUACCAACAACGCCGGUGGAAAAUAGAAAGUUCAGACGGCAAGAUACUUAUACGAAAAUAUAUUCUUCUCCGACGGAUAAAUCGCCCGUGUCGUCGACGCUAGGGUUGUCCGGGCUCGAUUUGUCCCCGAAGUCUCCGUCGAACGAGCUAUCGAAUCCGCUAGAUAAAGUCAAGCAGAAUUUUAAACUACCUGAAGUUGCAGCACACGCUCAAAAUGGUGUCAAUACGCCACCUACAAAAGUGCAAAUACAAGAAUCUACACUGCCAUUACCGGAGACAACUCUGUUUAACCCUGCAGCUGCUCAAUCACACAGGAAAAAAGCUGUGCCAAGUAAGGAAAUGCAAGGUGCGAUGAAAGUACUGAACGACUCCCUCCAAAAAAGUCAAACCAAUCAAAGCAAGAAUCUUAAAAACCAUAAUGCAAUUAACAUAGUGGAACAAGAAUGGUUUAAAAUAUCAAGCCUUAACACGGCAAACCCGCUAGAUGUUGAAGAUUACUUAGACGCUUUUGAAGAUGUGUCUUCUGUCCUCCUGCAAUACGUUGUCAAUAUGACUGAUGAAAGUGGCAAUACGGCAAUGCACUACGCUGUAUCCCAUGGGAAUUUCGAUGUUGUAUCCAUCCUACUCGAUUCAAAAGUUUGUGAUAUUAAUAAACCGAAUAAGGCUGGUUAUACAAGUGUUAUGUUGGUAUCAUUGGUUAAAGUCAGGUCUCAGACACACGCCAGUGUCGUACGUAGGCUCUUCCAAUUGGCUGAUGUUAACAUCAGAGCAAAGCAACAUGGCCAAACUGCUUUAAUGUUAGCGGUGAGCCACGGCAGCUUAGAAAUGGUGAAAAUGUUGUUAGAAGCAGGUGCGGACAUCAAUAUCCAAGACGAAGAUGGCAGCACUGCUUUGAUGUGCGCAGCGGAACAUGGGCAUAUCGAUAUCGUUAAACAUUUCUUAAGUCAGCCCGAUUGUGAUUCCAGUAUUACUGAUGUUGAUGGCAGCACUGCGCUGAAAAUCGCUAUGGAAGCAGGUCAUAGACAUAUCGGGGUACUACUUUACGCCCACCAAAGGAACAUUCAAGGACUUCACGGCAAGAAAAAAUCCAAACCUGCGAGUCCUAAAACCCCUUCGUCACCUUUGCCUCUACGAAGCAGCCAUCGUGCCUUAACUGAUACUAAAACUACUAAGUAGUAACUGAUUUGUUAAAUGUUUUUUACUUACAUAGUUUAAUGUUAACAGUGUGUCAUAUUUAGUUUUAUGUCAUUUUAAAAUGUUAUUCAGAGAGUAUGUCUGGUAGGUAGCUGAACUUAACCGUUGUUGUAGUUUUGUAGGGACCAAAUUGUCUUGACUUAAUUCAACUUGCGACUACAUUCCAUUGUUACUACUUACGUUUAUUUUUAUUUAAUUUUUGUAUUAUAUUUGUAUAUUUGUAAUUAAUAGACUCACUUCCAAUAAAAAA